CAAGGAAUUGGGUGGAAUCGAUGGCUACCGACAAUCUCACAACCAAUGUUUUCUUGCCCUGAAUGUGAACAAUGCUGAAAAAUGACCUGCCAGAUAUUGGUAAAUGUCUCCAAACUCAGAUCGCUGAGUAGUUCACAAACGUUUAGGGCAGACAGCAUUUCAUACCCUGUUGAAGGCUGUAUGGGGAAGAAACAUACCCUUUGUGUUAUACGCCCUACAUGGAGAGCCUGCGAUCGUACUAUACUCUCCCCCAUAUCUCCAGCUCUUAUAACCGGCACCCUUAUUGGUCGGGACGGUCUGAAAUCGCGUGAUAAAUAAAUAAAUCACGUGACAGGACGACCACUAACUCGAUCCAGUGCUUACUCGACUGGGUUGAUUCAGCAUUCAGACCCGUUCACAAUGGCUGAAGUAAAUAAUCUGCGGUUUCUGUGAUGAUAUCACCUGUUCAGUUGGAUAAUAGUCAUUAGUGAUAAACGCAAAUUAGUUUUUCUCUGUAGUUCCAGUAUCUGAAACUCGUCAUGUCGGCAGGCGCGCAUUGCAGCCCUCUGGGUAAAAUGGCGAAAAUCACAGACUUUCUUUAUUUAGGAGGACUUGCAGCGGCCAAAACGGAACACUUGCUCAAAGAGGAGGGAAUUACCUGUGUUAUUAACGCAUCGAUGGAGGCUCCUGACGUGAGCUAUGAAUCUAUUCAAUGCACAAGGAUCAGACUUGAGGACAAUCCUACCUGCAACAUAGGGAUACACUUCGAUCUGGUCGCAGAUAAAAUCGAUAAAGUUCGGCGGGAGAGAGGCAAGGUCCUUGUUCAUUGCAUAGCCGGAGUUAGCAGAUCAGCAACUUUGGUCUUGGCCUACCUGAUGAAAUAUCAAAAGAUGAAACUUAUUGAUGCUCAUGCUUAUGUCAAACAAAGAAGGCCACUUAUUCGACCAAAUCCUGGUUUCUGGAAAGAUUUAGUGGACUUUGAAAAGAAGCUAUUUCAUAAAAACACAAUAAAUAUGGUGGAAUCAAAAGUUGGAUUACUAAUUCCUCAUAUCUACCAAGAUGAAAUGCGCAAAUUGGUGUGGUGACAAAAGAAGAAUUACUCAAUAUGUGCAUACAAAAGUUUUUAAUAUAUGCGUAAGGUUGCUCUGGAUGUAUCAUGUUGUUGUUUCUUUAGUUUAUGCAGGCAUGGGUUCAUACCAUUUUCCACCAUUUUACGCAAAUGGCUCAGACUUGUCAGAAUGACUCAGAAACCCAGGAAAGGGCUGGGACUUAAGGGAGCUAAAAUCGAAAACAAUUCCUGCAGAGCAUGGUCCCUGACCCCCCUAGAAGCUUGCACCUUCAGUGCUUGUUGUUUUGGAAAUUGGUCACCAUUUAUCAUAGAUCCAUGCCUGCUAUGAAUGUCAUGAGCCUGUGAUCAUCAUGACUAAACGUACCAACAAGGAAUUUUUCUGAGUAAUUGAUGUUCUGUUAAUUAUCAAAUUCCUUUCCUCCAUUAAACAUUUUCAAAGUCUUGCUAAGGCAAUUCUCUUGAGAAAGAUGUAAAUGCAUUCCUCACGAAUUAGGGACAAGAAGAAAGCAUCUGAGUCCUUGAGGAAAGUCAAACCUCAAGGUUCGACAUAUUGGUUAGUUAUUAGUAAUAGUUAGGCAUUAGCUGUAGUAGUCCACAUCAGCUUUAUUAGUUGCCAUAGUUCAACAUACUGAUCAAUUAAAGUGUGUAAACAAGUAGUAAAGAACCUCCAGGCAAAUAUAAGGAGACUGGCUAUUGGCUAGAUGAUUCAUGGCUCAUUUUUUGUAUGCAUCCUGUACACUGCUGGGACCAGCAAAUAUGUAAAAAGCACCCAGCUGUGUGGAGGGAGAAAAAUUGUAAUUAAUUUGUUAAAUGAGAUGAGGAAGAUAUUUAUUCAGGUGAGAUGGGAGUCAAGCCCAUUACAUUUUUGCUAAAUUCUCACCUGGAACAACAAUAAUUUAUUGUGAUAAUUGACUAUGUGUUGUUUUUCUGAACAUACACAUAUCGCAGGGGCAUAUCAGUACAACUGGCUUUUGCAGGCAUUCUCGUAAUCAUAGUCACAAGGAUAAUUUCAGGGCCAUUAAUUUAAAAACAAAAUUAAAUUUGAAACUAAAAUAAGUAAAUAGACCUAGAGGAGCGUCAAAUGGAUUUAUUGUAAUGUGUUUACUACCUAUAUAAAGUUACUGUAAUGAAAUAAAAGUUCAGCUUUUGAAACAAUAGGUACUCAGUGGGUACCUGUGUCAGCUGCUAUGGGAUGCAAUAUCUUUA